AAUAACAAUCAUGGCGGAAGACGACAGAGGCCUGCACUAUGACCAAGAGGCAAAUAUUGAUGAUGCCAUCAGAGCACAAGAAAGAGCCAUUGAAAAAGAGGUUGCCACGACGCAGGCUCUGAUUAGUGACAGGUUGGACUUCAGUGUCCUUGAGGAGCAAUACAGUUCGGAUGAGGCGUAUUUGCUGAAAGUUCGCGAGCUUCGAACAAAAUACACUGAUUUCAGAAAAACUCGAGGAGAUGGAAACUGUUUUUUCCGUGCAUUUGGAUUUCGCUACCUGGAGCAGUUACUGGAAGACAGUGCAGAGUGUAAAAAGUUCAAACAACGGGCAACACAAUGUAAAGAUGAUCUCAUAUCUCUGGGGUAUUCCCAGUUUACUGUGGGAGAUUUCCACGAUUAUUUCAUGGAAGUGUUAGAAAAGGUUGAAAAUCAUUGCACAGUAGAGGAGCUCCUUGAAAUAUUCAGAGACCAGGCAAAUUCAGACUAUCUAGUCGUCUAUCUCAGGCUUUUUGUAUCCGCCUAUUUACAGAAAGAGCAUGAGUUUUUCAGCUGUUUUAUGGAAGAUGGUAAAAUGGUCAGUGACUUCUGUAGUCAGGAAGUUGAGCCAAUGAAUCGUGAAAGUGAUCACAUCCAUAUCGCAGCCUUAACAAAAAUGGUAGAAGUGCCAAUCCGUGUUGUUUAUAUGGACAGAAUGGGCACGACGUUGACCACACAUGACUUUCUGGAUGACGCACCGCCCAAGAUAGUGUUGCUGUAUCGGCCAGGACAUUAUGACAUCCUAUAUUUCUAAAAUAAAUAUACAUGUAUAUGGCAUAUGUACGUAAUGGUGCCUAUCAUUUGCUAAGUAGCUAUGUGUUAUUUUGGAGUUUAGGGACAGAUGUUAUGUUACUGUUUCGUUUUUGAUGCAAUAGGACUGGUAGCUGCAUAAGUAGCAUUUCAUGAUGAGUUUCAGAAUCUCCUUAUAGGAUAAUUUGUUUUUUUAAGGCGAACCUUACGAAUAUAUGUACAAUGUGUGUGUGUUCUUGAGAAACCUUCUGCAUGGGACCUAAGAUGAUAUGUUUAAAUGCUGACAGUGGAUUUUGAGCUCAAGCUACAAUAAAACUUGCAUAUAUUCAACUGGACUGGUGUGAGUUUAUGAGCAAGCAACCUUAAAUGUUUAUCAGGUUGUCUAUACCUCUCAGUCUGUAUUAACUCUUCUCUUUUAAAUGGCCCUUACAUGUAAUUUCUCAUUUUUAUCAUCAUCAGCUGUGAUGCUUGCAAGGGUUAGGGUUUUUCCAGCAAGCGAAAUACAUAUAAGAUUGCAUUUGAUAUCAGGGUCUUUAAACCUCUAAACGAUCUAGAAUAGAUGACAUUGUAGAUGUCCUGGACAUACAUCUAUCUGGUUCUGUUCUCACUUAAUUAAUUUGCUGAAGAUGCUGUGACAUAAUUUGUUCUUUUGUAUAUUGAAUGAUCACAUCCUUUCAUGUAGCAUGUUUGUAUAAUAAAUGUUCAUGUAAAGACACAA